UUAAAUAAAUUUGAAUAAAAUAACAUUAAAUACGUUUUUGCUUAAAUACAUUCAUAAUAAAUAAUGAUGAAUAUAUUAAAACAAACUGAUUAAACAUAUUUGAAUUAUUUAUAAUAAAUACAAAUUAUUUAAUAAAUAAAACUGAUUUAAAUAAUAUCUGAAACAACUUAUUUGAUAAGUAAAUUAAAUAAAUUAAUAAAAUAACAGUACAGUGCUACAGUUAAGUAGAGAAAACGCAAUGAUGUCAUUUAAUAGAAAAACUAACUGUUUUACACAUUUAUAAUAUCUAUUUUUCACAUUAUUUGGGUCUUCAUACAUGAAAAUAGUCGCAUUCAGGAUGAUGGUGUUUGAGGGAUUGAGAAGCGUUGGGUUAAUAACAGGGUUAAUAAACACACUGAUGUGUCGAAGCAGCUCAGAGACAGUGUUCAUUGUUGUUUUAAGACUCAGAGCAGGUGAGUUUUUACCUGCUCGUGCCCGAUGCGGGUUUGACUCUGAACGAGCUUCAGUGUUUUACAGUGUUUCACUUCUGUCUCGUCCCGUGUUUCUCUCUCUCUCUGUGUCCGCUCGGGUCACGCGCAUCUGGACUCGAUGGGCUUUAAAUCGCUGCACAUGAGUUUCAGGAAAACAGAAAGAAAGGCUUUACUGGCAUUAACGUGCGCGCGGGAGCUGCUGUUAUCCGUGUCACGCCAUUCUUUCCUUCAUGUUCGUCCUGUAGAUUCGUGCAUGUGUGGGAGUUUCAUCACAAACUCUGAAGGUCUGUCAGAUGCUGUUAAACAUCACACACAUAUAAGCAGCGGGAACGAGUUGCUGUUUUGAAGUUUAUUACGCUUGGCGCGUUCAUUUUUUCAUUAGGCAUCUGCAUGCACGCGCAAUUUAUGCUUCACGAGCGUGCCAAGUGCACGCCCACGGUGAUCCCUCGAUCGCGAGCAUCUGCAGAGUCACGCGUGAACGCACUGAUAGAUAUUCAUGUCACUUUUAUCAGACAGAUAGGAACGCGCGUGAUUGAGGCGCGUGGCCGCUAGAUGGAGAAAGAGACGCGCGCGCUGGAGUUCAGUUGUUUUGCCUUACUGAUAUUUACCAAGAAUUUAAAAUCAUUUAUAAACAUGUUUACCGAACUACAAACUUGUAUGCGAGGAAAAAUACAAUUUCUAUUAUUUAAAUUUGUGAGCGUGUAAAUGAUGUUAAUUCUCCUCAUCAUCAGCUGAUUAAUUAAUCUGUAAUAGAGUCACUGGUGAAGUUAAACUAUUAACUGUAAAACUGGCUACUAAACGCAUUUUGUCGUGUUAUAGCAGCCUAUUUGAUCGUAUCAUAUUAAAAAUCAUAAAAAAAAAAUUGUAAUUUGUGUUGAUUUAAUACAGUGAAAUAAAGCAGCAAAAACUAUAUUUUCUGUUAUGACGCUUUGGUUAAAAAAAAAAAAAAGAAAGAAAGAAAGAAAAGCAUGACAGAAAAAUAUGUUUAGCCUCAUAAUUCUCGAUUAGACGAAAAUAUGAUCGCCGGAAAGAGGAAAGAUUAUUAAACAUUUAUAUUUUACUUUUUUUAAUGGAAAUCGAGUUUUUAGCUACUCGAACUUCACAACACGAUAAAAACCCAUUGUGACGCUCAAAGUCCAACAACAUGAUUUAUUAUUAUUAUAUACAAUUAACAAUGAAUUAAAGUUUUUAUUAUUUCCCGUCAACACUCAAUAAACACGCUUAUUAAAUAUAUUAAUUUCAGCUAUUCAUUAAUUUACUGAAAUAACACGUUAACAGUAGUUUAGUUAGAUUUUAUUUUUGUCGUGAACGUUCACAAUAUCAAUCAUAUAUAUAUAUAUAUAUAUAUGUGUGUGUGUGUGUGUGUGUGUGUCAGAAACACGAUAUCACAAUAAGAAAAUCUAAUUAUUUAAAGCGACACUUCCUUAUUUACGCAAUAUUUGAGGAAAGUGCGGGAAACCGCGUCAAAAAUAAGAAGAAAGAGAAAAAGAAGAAAGGAUCGUUUGUUAAUUUUUGCCCGGUUUAUUAUUAUUAUUAUUAUUAGUGCUGUCGCUGUUAAAUUGAAAAAUGUAAGCGUGACGCAUAUUCAUAAAAUUCAUAUUUUCCUUGUACCGUUUUUAGGCCUCGUUCAUUCUGAAUGGACAAAAACACGCUGAAAUAUGACGCGGAUAAGAGUCGAAAUUAAUUUGACGAGUUGUUUUAUUCUACUAUUUUUUUAAUUAGUUUACUUAAUUAUUUUUGUGGAAUACACACAGAUGAAAUCGGUUAAACAUAAUAUGCGGUUCGAUUCUGACAGUGUUUUUACGAAUCAAAAGAUAAGAUAAAGAUUUUAAAAAUAAUUACCAACCCUGCCUUAAAUAAAAGAAGAGCUCCAGACGCGCCUUUAGUCAUAAUAAAUUAAUUACGAACAGAAAGAAGUUACUUACAAGGUUUAAAUCCACUUGACCUGAGAAUAAAAUCACACAUAUAAACCAGUAGCAUAUUUAUGUGAUGUUACCGAACACGAUUAUUAUAGAGCUGCCGUUAUUUUUUGCUCCGUAAAAACGUUCCGCGGAAUGAUGAUGAUGAUUCUGCGCGUUCUGUCAGGCCUACUUUUUUCAUCAGCUCGUAUGUAGUUGUCAGUGUGAUUUUAAAGGGUCAUUGAUAUCUUUUCAUUCUCUCCUCGGGUGUUUAAGGGUUAAAGUUUAAGACGUUCUGGGUGUUCUGACCUGCUGCUGUAAAUAUGUGCAAGUCCCGCACAGCCAAUCAGAACGCGCUACAGCUGGCCGCCUGGCCAAUGGGAGUGUGUUGAGGGUCAGUGUCAGCCGCAGGUGAAGUGGAUAGUAGCUCUGUGUGUUCACUCACACUCGCGCUCUGGCGACGUGGAUGCGCAUCCACAAAAACUCCCUUCACGCGGGGCGCGAUGCGACCGAACUGCCGCCACGGGGCUCAAUCUCCAUUUGAUCCGGAUCUGGAGCGCGUAACCCCGUUACUGUGUGAUCGACAGUGACUUUUCUUGCUUAAAAUGGCUGUGCGCAGCAACUCUCUGAUGCCGUUCUCCAUUCAAGCCAUUCUGAACAGAAAAGAGGAGUCUCGGCAUCUGAACGAGCUGGAUGUGUGUUUCUCGAAAAGCGCGUGCUGGAAAAUCUUCCAUGAAAUGGACGGAGCGGACAGGAGCGAUGAGAGAGAGCAUAAGAACUACGACUCGGACUCCGGGCUGAGCGAGGACAACGACACCAAAGCGCAAAGCGAUGCGAAGCCCGAAAAAGACGCAGAUUUAGCGGACGAAACGGAUCAGGAGGAGUCCACGGCGGCGGAACACUGCAAAGGCCUGAGCGACUGCGUGUCCGACUGUAAUACGGCCGAGGAGAAGAGCGGCGAUCAGCCCAAGCAGAGGAAGAAGCGUUCCCGCGCCGCGUUCUCUCACGCGCAGGUGUUCGAGCUCGAGCGGCGCUUCAAUCACCAGCGCUAUCUCUCCGGACCGGAGCGCGCGGACCUCGCGGCCUCUCUCAAACUCACCGAGACGCAGGUCAAGAUCUGGUUCCAGAACCGACGCUACAAAACUAAGCGGCGUCAGAUGGCGGCCGAUCUGCUGGCCUCGGCGCCGGCGGCGAAGAAAGUGGCCGUGAAAGUGCUGGUCCGGGACGACCGGAGGCAGUACAGCCCCGGAGAACUGCUGCGACCGCCGCUGCUCUCGUCGUAUUAUUACCCGUACACAUACUGCCUGCCCGCCUGGAGCCUGUCCUCCUCCUGCACUGGACACCAGUGACACCCGGACGCACGCACGCGCGCGCGCUCACAUAUUUAUUCUACCAAAGACAGUCGUUUACUGAGGAGCCAAAAAACAAACGGGAGAUUUAUUCACAGAACUGCCUUCAAAUGUCUGCCUCCUUCUUCCAAGGACUGAUAUCAGUUUUGCUCCUAUAAAAACACUAUUAGGAUUUUAUUAUUUCAGAAUGUAUGGAAAAUGUUUUUAGCAAAAUGUUCUUUCUUCUGGUCGGAAAACAGCACUUGAUGAUGUCGUUACGCGGUUUUAAGGUAACGGUAAGACUGGCACUUUCCCGCCCCUCACGAAUCAAAAUAUUAAAAUCAGAGGAAAAUAUUGAUCUGUCGAACGUUUGUUGGACUCCUGGAGUGAGCCGUGGAAUUUACUCGACAUGUACCUGUUUUCAUAUUAGUGUAACGUGUUUUUGUUUAAUGAAAGCAUUAAAACGUAUGAAGCAUAA